AUGGAGCUUCCCGGGGCCGGAGAGACGUCGGCGCAGAUGUCCACGACCAACAACGGUUCUCUGGACGAGGUCAAACGUAUCCGCAGUCAGCUCAGCCUGAAGCUGCUGCGCGGGCUGGAUUUGUACGUGGAAGAGAUUCUGCACCAGACUCCCUUCGUGACGGCCUACGUGCUCAAUGAUAACAAGCAAUGGGAACGCACCGGAGUUGAAGGUUUUUUGUACUUGCUGAGGCGCAGCAACGAGCCCCGCCACAGCCUCAUCGUGGUGAACCGCAAAUCGGAGCGCCAUCUGAUGGAGUUAAUAACCCCCGAAUUCCAGAUAACGCGCGAGAACAACUACAUCUUCUAUCGUGCUAUGUGUAUGCGAACGCGCACUAUGCAGGCCACCCGCAGCCUUUGGUUCUAUGACGAGAAGGAGUGCAUUAAGACCCACGAGAAGAUCCUUGCGGUAACGGUCAACCGUGAGCCUGUGCCCGGUUUCAGCAAGAAUGCGAAGCCUGCCACGGCAUCGCCCGCCGUGGCAGUAACGACAAACAGCCCUGCUGUUGCCGCCGCUGUCACCCAAAAUGCGCGUACAGAGCAGGCAGUGUAUCCUACCCCCUACGCGGAUAAUGCGAGGGCAAUGGAUGGAUUUAAUCAUGCGGGGGCGUUGUAUCAACAACAGGCCAGUGUGCCGGCGACGCCUUCGGGUCCCGCAUCCUCGGUGCGCAUGCCCCCUGCUCCAAUGGCGAGCACCAACGGAAACGUGCCGCCUGUGUCUUCCAUGGAGCCGAUGAGCAAAGAUUCUCAGAGGCUCGUGAAUAUGUUAAGGCCGCUGGUACAAGGCGGGAACCAAUCGCCCCCGGGAUACACGCCGCAGCCUUCCGUCAUGACGCCCAUACACUUCCCAUCUCCGGCGUACCCCGUGCAGUUCCAGCCGCGCGAGUACCCGCCUGCGGCGCUGCCCAGCGGCAGCAUGCCUAUCACCGUGACCUAUGAAAUGCUGUGCGCCGCGUGUGCCGAGACAAUGCAGAGUGAGGACUUCCUGAGGUUGCUGUGGCGGCGUCUGACCGAGAAGGCAGCCCGCUACAACGGCUGA